GGGACCUCCAGUCUAAUCUUGCAGUUUUUGUUUGUUUGUUUAUUGUUGCACGGUGUUCCCAAACCUGGAUGUUGACAUCUCGCGUUUCUUUUGGCACGUCGCUCUAUUUUCUGUUUCAGAGAGGAAGCGCUAAUAGAGACAAACGCGGUGACACCUGCUCACCCAUACACUUCUUACUGUCUUUUUUUAACGGAGCGAUCAAAAGAAGCAAGCAUCGACUGAGACGGUGACAGGAGUCUGUUUUCAUGUUCGGGAUUCAAGACAGCAUUCAAAGGAGCGGGAGUAGCAUGAAAGAGGAGCCCAUCGGUGCCGGGAUGAACGCUGUCCGGACAUGGAUGCAGGGUGCCGGGGUGUUGGAUGCGAACACAGCCGCUCAGAGUGGAGUGGGUCUUGCUCGAGCACACUUUGAGAAACAGCCUCCUUCAAAUCUUCGCAAAUCCAACUUCUUCCACUUCGUUUUAGCGCUAUACGACAGACAAGGACAACCCGUGGAAAUUGAAAGAACUACUUUUGUUGGAUUUGUUGAAAAAGAAAAGGAAAGUACCGGAGAAAAGACAAACAAUGGGAUCCAUUACAGAUUGCAGCUUCUUUACAGCAACGGCAUCAGAACAGAACAGGACUUUUAUGUACGCCUGAUUGACUCCAUGACCAAACAGGCAAUUAUCUAUGAAGGGCAAGACAAAAACCCAGAGAUGUGCCGGGUCCUGUUGACGCACGAGAUCAUGUGCAGGUGA